AUGCCGACAGGCGGAUCCAGCCGUGGAGGCGAGGGGCCUCUCCCGCGCGAGCCCCGGGAGGGGACAGCCAUCCUGGAGGCGUGCCUUCGAGCAGCGCAGGCGCCGCCCCGGGUGCGGUGUCUGAUCUACGAGCGCGCGGUCAAGGAGCUGCCAGGUUCAUACAAGAUAUGGUACGCGUACUUGAAGGAGCGUAUGAACGCUGUCAGCGAUCUCUGCAUCACCGACUCGAAGUACGAGGAAGCGAAUAGCGCAUUCGACCGGGCCCUCGUCUUCUUGCACAAGAUGCCUCGGAUAUGGCGAGGCACGCGGUGA